AUGGUACCAACAAAGGGCCCCAAAAGUUCUGGCCUUUUGAUGAACCCGAAUCUGGGUCUUGGUUUCUUCGUCUUGCUGUCGUUUCUCAGCAGCUCCGUCGUCAAUUCCCAAUGUAGCCGGGGCUGCGAUUUGGCGUUGGCUUCGUACUAUGUCUGGGAAGGCAGCAAUUUGACCUACAUCCUCCAGCUGAUGAAAUCCAACAUUCUUCGGGAGACCGACUUCGACGCCCUGCUGAGCUACAACAGGCAGAUACCCAACAAGGACAGCGUUCAGCAGGACACACGGAUCAACGUCCCUUUCCCUUGCGAAUGCAUCAACGGGCAGCUCCUGGGCCACGUUUUCCUCUACCCGACGGUCACCGGGGACACCUACGACCUGAUCGCCGGCAGGAAUUACGCGAAUUUGACCACCGUUGACUGGCUCCGGAGGUUCAAUUCCUACCCUCCCAACAAUAUCCCUGAUAGGAACGCCGUGGUGAAUGUCACCGUGAAUUGCUCGUGUGGGGACAGUUCGAUCUCGAGGGGUUAUGGGCUGUUUGUUACUUACCCGCUUAGGCAGGGGGAUACUUUGGAAUCGAUUGCCCGGGGAAGUAAUGUGUCGGCGGAUUUGCUGCAGCGCUAUAAUGCUGGUGCCAAUUUCAGUAGCGGGAGGGAUUUGGUUUUUGUUCCAGGCAGAGAUGCAAGCAAUAGCUACCGCCCCUUGAAUUCAAGCUCGUCUGGUGGCAUAUCUGGGGGAUUGAUAGCUGGCAUAUCAAUAGCAGCUGUAGCUGUGGUGUUGUUGUUGGCUGUUUGUGUAUAUGUGAAGUUCUACAGGAAGAAGAAGAAGGUGGCAGGGACCGUACAGUUGCCAGCUUUAUCACUAGGCUACUCUGCCCAAGGUCCCGGAGCUCACUCAGAUAAGCCACUCGAAUCACCAAGUGGGGCGGCAUCUGGAGGACUUACCGGCAUUACUGUGGAUAAAUCAGUGGAAUUCUCAUAUGAAGAACUAGCAAAGGCUACCGAUGACUUCAGUUUGGCCAAUAAGAUUGGUGCAGGUGGCUUUGGAACUGUUUACUAUGCAGAAUUAAGGGGCGAGAAAGCUGCAAUCAAGAAGAUGGACAUGCAAGCAUCAAAGGAAUUUUUUGCUGAGCUCAAGGUUUUAACACAUGUUCAUCACCUGAACCUGGUCCGUCUGAUUGGAUACUGUGUGGAGGGAUCUCUUUUCCUGGUAUAUGAGUUCAUAGAGAAUGGGAACUUGUCUCAACAUUUGCGUAGCACGGAGAGAGAGCCACCAACGUGGCCUGGCAGAGUGCAAAUUGCACUCGAUUCUGCUAGAGGCCUUGAGUAUAUCCACGAGCAUACUGUUCCAGUAUACAUUCACCGAGAUAUCAAGUCUGCAAAUAUAUUGAUCGACAAGAACUACAGAGCAAAGGUAGCAGAUUUUGGAUUGACGAAACUUACCGAGGUUGGAAGUACCUCGCUCCCUACACGCCUGGUUGGUACAUUCGGAUACAUGCCUCCAGAAUAUGCUCAGUAUGGUGAUGUUUCCCCAAAAGUGGACGUAUAUGCAUUUGGAGUUGUACUAUAUGAGCUUAUUUCAGCCAAGGAAGCCAUUGUUAAGCCCAAUGGAUCCAAUACAGAAUCUAGAGGACUUGUGGCAUUGUUUGAGGAUGUCCUAGACCACCCUGAUCCACGAGAAGAUAUCCGGAAACUGGUCGAUCCAAGGCUGGGCGAUAACUAUCCACUCGAUUCAGUUCGAAAGAUGGCCCAACUUGCCAAGGCAUGCACGCAAGAGAACCCUCAACUCCGGCCGAGCAUGAGAUCCAUCGUUGUAGCUCUAAUGACGUUGUCAUCCUCGACAGAAGAUUGGGAUGUCGGCUCCUUCUACGAUAACCAAGCUCUUGUCAAUCUGAUGUCAGGAAGAUGA